CAUAAUAAUAGUUAUUGUGGGUGGCUCUAUAGCCUUAUUUUUGUCAACUUCAAAAUGGCGUUUGGCGCGCAUCACGAGACCGUGCGCAACACGCGCGCACAGACGGUACAUCAGCAAAAGUGUCCGAGAUUUUUUGACUAGGAGGUGCAACCAAGGUGCAGGUCUGAACAUGGCUCUCGAGGUCGGAGCCAGCACAGCAGGUUCCUUCGAUGGUAUGCACUGCGAGCUGGUGGACACACUCGCAACUAAGCCAGACGCGGUGACCUGGGGUCACAACUAUGGCAUCGUGGUCAACGAAAGGUGCAAGCGCUUCUACGAUGAAGGCAAGAGACACCUCUUCGCGAUCUUCAAAAUGAUCGUACUAGAGCUGUGGCGCGACCACAACCAGAAAGGGGUACUUCAUCACUGACGCUACCAUCAUGAAGCGCUUCAGACCGGGCUGGGUGUACGAUACUACCGACCAGGAGCCAGAGACGGCGGAUACAAUCCAUGAUCUUGUUUUCAGGCUGGAUGUUGAUCCAGACGAGCUGGAGAAACGGUCAGCGAGUUCAACGCUGCGUGCAAUGACAAACCGUUCGAUCUGAUGAAGCUCGAUGGGAAGGCGAAGACGGGGUUGAGUCCGAACAAGUCGAAUUGGGCGAAUCCGAUCGCGACAGCGCCCUUUUACGGGUGUCCUGUUACUUCGCACCCUACGUUCACAUAUGGCGGUAUGAAAGACAGAUGUGGAUGCGCGGGUGUUGAGUACCAACAACGUUCCCAUUCCAGGACUGUAUGCGGCGGUUGAAAUGACUGGGCUGUUC